GUUACCUGGGUAUGAUUUUAAUUAUUGAAAGCCCUUGCAACAACAAAAGCGCUACAGAUGUACUGGCUCCGCACUACCUAUAACUAUAGGGUACGACACACAUGCCCCGAUGCAGUCAUUCAUGUGGUCAGGUGCAGAAAUUGAAAGACAAGGGCAGUUUUUGCGACCAAGAAAAUAUGGAAAAUAUUUUUCUCUCAAUGGGGUGAACAUGCACAAGGAAGACCCCAACGCCCAGACCGCGCGACCCGGGAUACGGGCAAAGUGGGGGAUGUAUUGGGGCGAUUCUUGGGGGAUAAUCUCUGGAUUAUAUUACUGGGGAGAUGAUUGGGGAGAUUAUUGGGGAGAUUGGAGGCAAUGAACCUUGUUAUUUUAAGUUACAGGCGAUGUCUGUCUAGCAAGGCCGGGUCUGGUACCAGUGCAUCUGUUGUGACCACCACCACCACCACCACCACCUUCAUUCAACUUCAAACAACUUCGCCAACUCAAUCGAAAUAAAUGCCCGGAAACUCACCUUAAAAAUACCCGCAGAGAACAAACCCUUUCUACUAAUGCUAGGUUUAUCUCUCAGAUCUACCUCCGUCUCUGCCGCUUGCUCUCCCCACCUGGUGUCCCGCUGCCCUCCAGCAACUGCGCACAUGCAGCAGCAGCUGCUACAACCAGAGUCGAAGUGUUCAUCCCCAUGAUCCUCCUCUCUAUCGUGCUGGUUUCGCUACCGCAUCUGAGAAUACUGAGAAUACUAGGAAUUGAAUUCAUUGGCUUCCCCUUCACGGGUACAACUGACUGAGAACAUCGCUGGAUUGAACUUGGCCCCAAGUACAGUCUGUAUACCAUACUAUAGUAACGAUUGGCCUGUAUUGGACUGAAGAAUAGGACAAUUCAAAGAAAGCAACAAAAAAUCUCAUCUCUACUCAAGCAACAACCUGUCUGUCUCCUAGAAUAAUCGCCAAUGUGUGCGUCUCUGUAUCUAUUCUCACACCACUCUCCCGGUCGUCGACACCCUCACCAACGAUCCCAUUUCUAAAUUAGUGAAACUGGAAAGAAGAAAAAAGGGGGCUAAAGCCAACCUGGUUAAAGGGAAACUGCAAAACAGAAAAGAAGAAAGGAGACAUAAAAGAUAAAGGGCCCCGAAGGAGAACAAAUAUACCACCAUGUGGCUCUUCCGCGGCGCCCAAUCCGCCGUCUUCUACUACGCAACCUGCACCCCUUGCGCCUCCUCCAAAGAUCGCAGAAGGCGGAAAAAGGACGCCGCAAGAACACACCGCGAGGCCGUUCGCCAUAACGCCGCUAACAAUGACCUUGUAACGGACCAGCCACCCGCCAUCGUUUUCCAGCAACCAGUGCCAUUCUCCACCAACUCAUAUUGGGAAGAGGAGAUUGCGCUGGGGCCUGGACCGCCGGCUAGGAGGGCUGGGCGGAGAAAUACUAACAAUAGCUAUAAUAACAAUAACAACCAUCAGAAUGGCAAGAACAACAAGAAGAGAAAGAAGGAUCAUGAUGCGGGGAGUCAGGGGGGUAGUAGCAUCGAUAGUCCUGCCGUUGCAGGAGCGACCGCACAGACUUUAUCGCAGGAAUCUACGCUUCAGAAUGGCAUGGGUGUGAUAGCCGAUGCUGUGUCGGGCGUGCUGGAUGACCUGGUCCCAUCAAGGAAGGAACUCGGUGAUCGUUGGAAUAGGAUACGGUACCAGCGGGAAGAUGAGGUGCUCUGGGGUGGUGGUGAUGGUGGCGCUUCUAGUGGAGGGCCAGGGGAAGAGGUUAAGGGCUCCUCUGUUGGUUUAUCUGGGCGCGGGAGAGCAGACACCGGAAGCUCCGCGAAGUACUACGUCGCGAGGAAUCCAGCGAUUAAUGACCUUCAUCCGCCUGUGGUUUGUGGGCCGGUUAGUCGUACAGAGACGCGCUGGAUGUUGCAGCCGCCGCCCAGCGCGAAGGUGAUGGAGGGGAAGGUUCGGUCUACGGCUUCUGCUUCUGCGCGGGAUCGCAUGUUCGGGAGCUUUGAGAGGGUUGCCGUUUCAGGUGGGAAUGGGAAUGGGAAUGGGAAUGGGGAAGAGGGGGAGGGUGAGGGGGCAUCAGCGUCUCCUCGAAGGAGGCAAAGGCUACAGCAGAUGCAACGGCAAGGCGACGGACAGCUUGAUGGAUGUCCUUGUCCACGUCUAUCAGCAUGGAUAGAACAACAACAUCCCUUCAGAGAUUCUUUACGGAGUAGUAGAAGGCGUGAUAAACCACCUCCAAUCCACGAGGGGUCCGAUCAUUUCUUCUCCCCCCCGCCAUUGUCUACGGAGGAUGUCGUCCUGGUCUCUCCACGUCCUGCGUUUCCUUCUGCAACCACCGGCUCCAAACAGGCCUCUAACAACAACUCAUCCGUAAAACCCUCGUCCACCCCUCCUCCAUCCUGGCAGUGGCCAUGGAAACCCACUGAAGACUCCGAACAACCACCUCUACCACAAUCACAACCUCAAUCCCGGCCUACCUCAAAGGCUACAGCCGAUAGUGGAAAGGCAUUUUCUAUUCAACAGCAUCAACCAGAAAAACUACACACAGCCUGGCCAUCCUCUACCCUCGAUAUUGCCCUGAAACCACACGACCUCGUACGAAGUCUACAGGUGGAAGUAAGCAGCCCGGAGACAGCGUAUUUUUACGAUAUUGAUGACGAUGACGAUGACGAUUAUGACGGUGAUUAUGAGGGGUGUGAUUGUGACGGUAAUGGUGAGAAGCAGCAGGGGAUGAGGAGGCCUGCUAUCCGACCUUGGCGGUGGAGCAUGGAUGUUUGAUAUUAUUUCUUUCUUUCUUUUGCUUUUCUUCGUCUUUUUGGAGUACAAGGAGGCUGGCUGUUUCUCAAUCUCUUGUUUUAAGGCGUUUGUUUCCUUCUUUCUUUACCUUUUUCUUUCACUUUUCUACUCUUCCCCCUAUUUUGCUGUUGUUUGAAUCCCAUCUGCAUGGCCUGUUCAAAAGGAUAUUGUUACAACCUUUCUUCUCCCAUAUAUAUUAACUCAUCCUCCGACCCUCGUGCUCAUUAUCCACCGGCUCACCAUCUCUCCAAGCGACCUCUACCCAACAACAACAACCUCAUUAUCUUCUCGUCUCCCUACAACCUACUUCUAACCAUUUCAACCCCUUGAUGCCGCUGAUACGCAAGUUUACCUUUACAUAAAUACAAAUACACCCACACCCACACCUACACAUACACCCAUGCAUAUAGAGGUUUAGAAAAAUCCCGAAGACAGAGAGAAAGUUGCUUCUUCAUUCAUCGUUGGGGCCUGAAGCCUGUACUUACUACCUACAACCAACUUCCCACCUGGAUAUUUAUUACCCGCCCUCACAAGCCAGCACACGCACAAAGCACAAGACAUCAUUCCUCAUGUAUAUACAAAUAAAACCAUUAAAUACACCCAAAAAUAUUUUUAAUAUCUGCAUA